CCGAAGGAUUCCACCAUCCUUCCACUGCCGGUGCUUUUCAUUACACUACGACUACAGUCCUGGAGGUGCCCGAACUCACCAUGAAUUAUCCGUACACGGAUGGCAAAGAUCUAUCGAUCCCGGGCUUCGAUAUGAAGAUUCUCAAGCGGAGAGCGAGCCCUGCCCCGGAUGAAGCUCCGCCCACGAAGAAGCGUCCCAGAGGCGAUGUCUCUCCUUCUCCAAUACAGCCUGCGACUAUCCUCAGCAGCCCCAUGUCCUUAUUCGCAUCAUGGCAGGGGCGAUUCUACCCAGUAAUCGACAUAUCGAAAUGACUGUAUUUCCCAGGGAAAUCGAUCCAAAUGAGUGGCCCCCGUCGAUGGAUGAUCCGGACUUGAUCAAUCAUAUCAGCGCACUUAGCGUUGACUCUCUCUUGCGGUCGCCUCUCGACGGCGUUCGUACCUGUUUUGGCGUCCCACACGACCUGGACCUCUGGUACAUCUUUCCAGAGGUCGAGAGCCAGCAGUUCUCGACGCUGCCCAUUUAUAUUCGUGACAAUAGAGUGUGGUGGGACUUUCUCAAUGCAAUCAAGCAUUUCGGCCUACCUCUGCGCCAAGACAAUGAGGGCGGCCUUGCUAUGGGAUGGGAAGUUCUUGAAAUCUACGCUUAUCCCCCUGGCAUAUCACCACUGGACACUGAGGAUAGAGACUCAGACAUGGAGGACUGCUACAUGGAGGACAUGAUCAUGGAAGAGCUGAGCACUAGCGAAUACGUGCCCGGAAACUUCCAGGACUCCGGUACGAUGUCUAAGCCCGGUGGAAUGCAGUGGCUCGACGUCCAUCCUCUUGUACAUGAGACUAAGACAGUUCAAUCAAAGCACCGUGCACUAUGAUUAUGUCUGCUUGUGGCUUGCGUUUGGCCUAGGUCUGUGGUAUG